AUGCCAGUUUCCUUCAAGCCUUAUGGAGUUGCAAAUGAUAGUUACAGUAGUACGGAAGAUCAAUGCUUGGUUACUUGUCUUAAAGAUAGAAGGUGUAAAACAGCUGUUUAUGGAUUAGUUGGUGGACGUGAUGUCUUCACGUGUGAACUUUAUCAGGCAAUGACUCUAAAUCAGCUUGUUUAUGUUCCACACGUAAAUGUCUAUUUACCGAAGAGGAAAUCUGAUUGUAAAGUAUACUAUGACCAUCUUGAAACUUUGAAGAUAUUGAAUCGUCAUGAUGAAGUAACCAAGCGAAAGAUGAAUUAUCUCAGUUUUCUUGGACAACGAAAUCAUUUUGCAUUUGGUUAA